GGAGCGGAGCCCUCAGAGCGGGAACCCCCCCCCAUCCCACCGGGAACCCUCGAUCCCAGCGCCGGGAUGAGCCACCGCCACGGCCCCCGCCGCGGGCCCCGCGCCGACAUGGUGCCCGAGAUCGCCGCCGCCGUCGGCUUCGUGUCCAGCCUGCUGCGCACGCGGGGCUGCGUCAGCGAGCAGCAGCUCCAGGUCUUCAGCGGGGCGCUGCGGGAGGCGCUCGCAGAGCACUACAAACACCACUGGUUCCCCGAGAAACCCUUCAAAGGCUCCGGGUACCGCUGCAUCCGGAUCAACCACAAAAUGGACCCCAUUAUCAGCAAGGCCGCGAGCCAGAUCGGACUGAGCCUCCCGCAGCUCUACCAGCUCCUGCCCAGCGAGCUCACGCUCUGGGUGGACCCCUACGAGGUGUCCUAUCGCAUCGGCGAGGACGGCUCCAUCUGCGUCUUGUACGAGGCCUCGAAGCCCCCCAGCUCCUACGGGAUGCUCACCUGCAAGAACCAGAUGAUGCUGGGCCGCACCAGUCCUUCCAAGAACUACAUCAUGACUGUCUCCAGCUAAAUACUCCUCUUUGUCCUUACACUGCCAAGACACAGGCUACUGUAAUACCUCACCCGAGGAUCUAUUUUUAAGAUGAAGAGCUAUUUAUAUUUUUUAAAAAAAUCCAAGAAAAUCCAAAAUUAAAAUAUCGGGCGCCGCUCUGAACAGAGGCGGGGCUCCAGGUGCCUUUUUUUAAAGCUGUUGCAAGCUUGUGAGUUUUUCUUAUGAAGCCGAUAUCUACCUAAUUAGUGUUGGAUGGCGAUUUUGGGCUGGCUUGCUCACUUGGGCAGCUCGGAAUGGAGGAUGAGGGGGAAGAGCCAGGCUGGGAAGUGUGGCUGGUGGUGGGAGAUGUGUCACCUUCUCCCCAUCCUGGUUCCCAGCACUAUUGCUGUAUCACCAGGUAUUGCAAUACUGCUGAGAAGGGGGGGAAGGAGGUGCUGCCUUCCCUUCGCUGCUUCACUCCCCAGCUGGUUUGAUCUCUCUGGGGCCUGGAUAUAGUUCUGGGGGAGCCUUGCCUCGGGGCUGGGUGAUGCUGGGGACCCUGGGGUCCCUCUCCUUUGCUCUCACACAUCUCCUGGACCUGCUCAGUGUGUGUUGCAGCUCUGCUCUGCCCCACUCCCAGCACAGCGAGGGGAGCUUGCCCUGCCUCCAGCCCCUCCACCUUCCCUGUCCACUGCUGGGCUGGAAGGGCCACGCUGGAAGUGGAGCAAGGCAGAGGUGCUGCACUGGGGGUGCAGAGCUGUGCCCAGGAUGACUCGUGCAGCUGCUGUGGUGGCACUGGAGGACUGUUUUCCCUGGUGCUCCCAGUCCCUGGCUGUCUCCCACGCUGCACGCGGAGCCGGGCGCUCCAGAGCCCGAGACCAGCACGGAACAGCUGGGAAUUACAAAGCCUUUCUGCUCUGUGUGGCUCAGACAUCAGCCCAGACCUGCUCUUGUGUGGCCUCCCAGUGCUCCCGGGCGUGGGCUUGGCCUUCUGCCUGCACAAGUUGCCCAGUCCAGCGCUCCUGACUUGAGUGUCACUUCUCCAGAAGAGCUGAAGCAACUCUCCCUGUGCUGUGGAGGUUGGUGUGUGAGAACCCCUUUGCUGCCCUAUUUCUAAAAUCAGAAGUGUUGGGGGGCUCUUCCCCCUGUGUGUGGGAUGCUCAGAUGCUUUGGUGUCCUAACUUUGCAUUUAAAGUCACAGGACUUCCCUCUCCUCCUCUCCUGUCCCUGUGACCUGUCUCCAGUGACCCUGUGGUAAAGGGCAUUGUUUGCUUCUGAUCUUGUGGAACAUAACUUUUGCACAAUUAAUGCCUGGUCCUGUGCUCUGCCUGUUCCAGCAAAGCUCCUUUUUGCAGCCCAGUGGAACCUGUGUUCAGGGAGACUCUGCCCAGGUGUUGUUCAGGAUUUGGCCUUUAAACUACAAAUGGGGUGGGAGCUAAAGGGCUGCCCUAAACUUCACCUGCCUGUUGGGAAGGAGCCUUUACAGGGAUAUUUGUAUGUCCUUGGCCUUUUUACCAACCCACUGGUGCUCCUCCAUUGAUCCCAGGAGAAGGGAUUGGAGCAGAGGGCAUUGACAUGGUUGGUUGUAGCAAAACUUCCCAGAUUUGUCUCUCAGCCUACUUUAAACCUUCCUCUCUCCUGACCUGGCAGCUAACUGGCAAAACCAGAGUUGUUCCUGCCCAGCCUAUGAUGACUCAAGUUCUCAGACAUUUGUGCAAUAUAUUUCCAAAUCUUGGGCUCUCUGGGAGAGGAAGGAAGCUCCCAACUGCCACAGUUCUUACCUUGGUCUUUAAUAUAUUAAAUAAUCCAGCACAGCUCCCCAACUCUGACUACUAACAUGGAAAAGUUCAGAUUUUUGUGAGCUUCAAAUCAUCAAUUCCAGAACUGGAAAAUCAGCCUUGACUCUAAAAUGCUUUUUAAAUGUCAAGUGGUUGUUUGUCCCUGAGCAGUAAGAGCAGAGUGUGGCCCUGGAGUUGCAUCACUUCCCUCUGCGCCACCGAAAUCUCUCACGUCAGCAAAGCAGAAGCUGAAACAAAGCACUUGGGGCUUUUCCCAUGGUGAACUUGUGCAAUAGGUGACCUCACCGAGAGGGGAGCGCUUGGAAACUUCCAAAAAAACCAAUUCCCUUUUCAGGGAAAAGGGAUCUCGGUGCUUUUUGGAGUCCUCCCUUGACCUGCUUGCGUGGAAAGCCCACGAUGAGACCUGCACCCAGCAGGAGCUCUGCUGGGCUCCUGGGCUGGCUGUGGAGGCUCCUGAAGGCUGGUACUUCCUUGGGUUGCAAUUUGUCAGGAUCAAAGCAGUCUUAAGAUCUACACCCCCCUUUUUAACUCUAUUCCCUCCCUCUUCCCAGAAGAGUUUUCCAGGAACAACAGCCCCCACCAAAGGAAUACACUAUAACUGCUCUUAACGUGCCCCCACCUCCAGAACCAAAAUAGCCUCAUUCUUGUUAUCCCUGGUGUGGAGGAGCCUAAUGUUAAAGGUGUCUGUUUGUAGCUUCAAAACCAACCAAAUUUGGGUAUAACCCCUUUCUCUUGUAGCUGGUUACACGUAAAAGCUGUGAAUUCGUGUGCUCUGUUGCCUUCUGCCUACGAGCCUGAUGUUCACCUGCAGAGCCGAGUGAUGUGGAGUUUGGGACAGUGUAUUUGAGGGGUUUUCUGUCAUUUUUUUUUUUUUUUACCAAGCUGGACUGUUGAACGGGACCUGCUUUUUGUAUUUGGUUGAAAAUGGUAGAAAGUCUGUAAGGACUUGGAGGAGGGAGUGGGUGGUUACUAAUGUACAGUAGUAUUUUAUAUCCAGAGUGUACAGAUCCUUUGACGGACGGAUGCUUUUGUUACUUUAAUAAAAAUGUAGCAUUAUAACCAA